CACACACACACACUGCCCACCCAUCACUCUAUCUCCUGCUCAGACGCUCAACUCCUCCUCUACCUCUCUUUCCUGUUUUACCUCUUUUCUUUCUUAAUUUCCCUCCCAUCAUCCCCUCCUGACACUUUUAUCUCUCUUUUUUAAUUCUCCUGUCUAUUUCUGUCUCUUUAUCUCCCUCCCUCUCUUUCUUUAUCUCUGUCUUCCAGAUGUCAGGCUUCUUUUUGCUGCAUGUUAUACAUGCGCAGCUUAUCCAUGCCCUCACAAAUCCAGCAGGAUUCCUUGUUUUUUCUAUCUGGAAGAAUAACGAAUAAAACAGAAGAAAGAGGGAUAAAAUAUCGUGGUAUCAGGAGCAGUGGCUCAGAUUAUGUCCAGACUGUGAGGAGUAAAUACAGGAACAACUCCCGGCCUUGGAACAUGAUUGGCUGUGAAGCCCUGAAGGGGUGACAGCCUGAGAGGUGGCCGCUCCAAUGGCGUGGACCGAGCCGCGGCCGCGUCCAGACCCAAAGCCAGAACCAAAACCGACACCUAACAAUCUCAGGACUCAGGAUUCAUCAGCCAUCCUUCAAGUCCAGCCUCCAGUUUUACUGCCCCUCCUUCUCCUGCUUGCUGCCUUUGCUGACCUGGGUACCGCCGGUCCAACCCAGCCAGCUUGCCCGCCUCUCCUAUCUGGACAGCCUUUCAUCAUCUUCUGGGGCAUCCCUGACUCUUCCUGCUCCGGUCGGCCAGAUCCAAGAUCUUUCGGGAUGGAAAAGGAGGGCCGUGUGGCCGUCUUUUACGAGGACACACUGGGGAACUACCCUUAUUUUAUCGACAAAGACACACUGGUCAAUAAGGGGCUACCACAGCACACACGGCUGGACAAUCACCUCCAGAAGACACAGCAGGACUUGGAGGCAGCUUUACCUGCCCAGAGGUACCUUGGACUCGGGGUGCUGCGCUGGGCGGAGUGGGUCCCCCAGUGGUCAAGGAACCGAGAUAGGCAGGCGAUGUAUCUGGAGGCGACGAGGAAAAUGCUGAAGACUUUCUUUCCUAACUGGACCCCGGAGGAGGUGGAGAAGUGGUCACAGGUGGACUUCGAGGCAGCUGCCCAGUCAGUAAUGAUGGAAACUCUACGGGAGGUCCAAAGGUUAAGGCCCAAAGCAUUAUGGGGCGUCUCCCCUUACCCCAGCUGCUACAACGGCGAUCCUGCCCAAACCAUGUUAGCCAAUUACACCGGCCAGUGCCCUGCUACGGAGAUGGCCCUUAACGACGAGCUUCUGUGGCUAUGGAAACGAUGCUCCGCCCUUUACCCUCUCCUCACCCUGGAGAAGCUGCAGGGUGGGACCUCUGGAGCUAGGCUUUAUCUCUCAAGUCAAAUCAGAGAAGCACUACGAGUAUCAUCUCUGACUGGGAGUGCGUUCGAUCUUCCUGUAUUCCCACUGGUCAAGAGUGUCUAUGCCUCAACUAACACUUUUCUGUCACAGGCAGACCUGGUCAGCACCAUAGGAGAGAGCGCUGCCAUGGGAACAGCCGGCGUUGUCAUCUGGGAGAGAAGUGAGACUAAGACGGAGAGAGAGUGUCAGGACCUGGCGCAGUUCGUCCGUAAGGUCUUGGGACCCUACUCCAUCAACGUAACCACGGCGACUCGACUCUGCUCAGCCUCCCUGUGCCAGGGAAAGGGCCGAUGCGUCCGUCAAAAUCCAGAAAGCUCCGCCUACCUCCACCUCCCACCCCCAUCCGAAGUGGUGGAGAAGGUGACGGAAAAGGUGGAGGAAGCAAAAGCCACAGAUCAGCCGGACAUAAACACUAAAGCAGCUGAACCAGACCCAGCUGAGAUCUGGAAGAAGGACUUCCAGUGCCAGUGGUACAAGACUGCAGACGGUGACGUCUCAGACCAACAGUCCCCCAAAGACGGAGUGUCGGUUGUGGGCAAAGUAGAAGAAAAUGACGGAGAUUUAAUGGGGACUACUACUGCUUCUACCACCUCUACCACCUCUAUCACAGAGGCAGCUUUUGUUGUAGAGACAACAAAAGCUGCCUCUGUCAUUGAGUUAAGCGUAAGCAGUUCGCCUGAUACUGGAAGUCCAACGCCUUCACUGGAAGUAACUACAGACGGUGGUACGAGUCCACUGAGCGCCCCAAGCCUGACUGUUCUGCUGUUGCUGGUGGCUGCAAGUCUUUGCUUGGAACAUUAAAAUGUGAACAAACCAGCCUUCACCUGGAAGGUCUGGGCUAUAACUGCAAUAUGAGCCCUUCUGAAGUGCCCUUGAGCAAGACACUGAAUCCCUGCUAGCCGCAGGUGUGCUGCUUUGUAGAGUAUCAUAAAUAAAAAGGACAACAAACUAUGUUCAGAGCUGGAACUCCAACAAACUACGAUCAGAGCUGGAACUCCAAACCUAUUACUCAAUGUGCCAAGAGACAGUAGUGGUACAAACACAGGUCACAUGUAUGUAAACCCUUUAAGAGAAAGGUGAUGUGACAAACAAGAUAGACUAGACUUCGUUAUACUGUGACCACAGAUACAUGAACGCAGUCUGUAAAACCUGCACUGGGGUUUUUAUUUUCUUUGCACAUUUUGUUUGUACAGUACAUUUUGCAGUAUGUGUCAGUCCUUUUAUUUCCUAAUUUUAAAGCCUAAUGCACUCAUGAGUUUCUCUUCCCAUUAAGUAGAUUUGUUGGGUGUUGUGUUAAAGGGCCUGUUCACAAAAAAAGAAAGAAAGAAAUUAUUUAAAUUUAAAUCUUUGGCCUUCAAAUGUUGCAUAUUGUCAAAAACUCCAGGCUUUCCAUUGUUAUAAAUGCAGUAUCUGUUAAUUCAAUGGACAUACCUUUAAAUUCAGAAAACACAGCACUUCAGUCCAUAAUAGGCCACCUGCAUAUACUGUAUAUAUUUACUGUAUGCAUUUAUUUUUGUAAGUCGAUGACUAUGUUUACAUGCACAAAAUAUUCAGUUUGUUGCCCCUACUCAUACUCGCCCCUAUGUCGUAUGUUCUAUCUAUGGCUACACCCUUUAAAUAACUUUAAUUUCCCUUCUUAUCCAACUGAAGUCAUAUUGCUCAUAAUGUUUAAAAGUAGGUAUGUUUCUCCUUCAGACCAGAAAUGUGGGCUUUUCUCUUGCACAUGCAUCUCUGCAAACUGUCGACUAUGUUGGUUUGUGUUCAACGCACAGAGCUGGACGUAAACAGGCAAGAGGCCAUGUGUCGCAAACUAAAAACCCCAAUUGAGAGACAUAUUCUGAAUGUGCUAUAUACAUGUCCAAAGACUGCUCCUAAAACCUGAAUGAUAUCAGCAUAUUCACGUCUUAAUUGGAAAAUGCUCCUUUCGGAAUAAGGCAUAAUUCAGAAUAUCCAAACGGAAUAUGCUGUUUACAUGACACGGAUCAAAUUCAGAAUAGCCCAAAAGAAAAACCCACAUUUCUGGUCAAAAACAGAAACACAUCUACUUUUAAACAUUAUGAAAGACUUGGAUAUCAACAGGUUUUUGGAUAUGCACAAAUAUCGCAACGCCGUCCUUUUUAAGAAGGUGAUGAAGGAAUGAUAGAGGGAGGCUGUGUUCGCACGGUCGAACAAUUCCACCACAUCGGAGUAUGCACGGCUGCAUGACAUGGGAAUAUUAGUGAAUUUUAAUUUUCAUUGGUCAUGUAAACAGUUUAGUAGGAAUAUUGUCUUCUCCUGAAUAAGGGCAAAAAACAGAAUAUUGUGUGCAUGUAACGUAGUCAGUGUUGUUUAUAUCUGCUUCUUCCCAUCUGUAAAAACAAAAGACGGAAACGUUUGGUUUUUGCAGCUCAUGUAAAUUUAUUUGUUAUUUUUCAUUAAAAUAUACACUCAAGACGAAGGGUAUCUAAAUCGUUCUUUAGUUACAGAAAGAGAUCUUAUCUACACAGGUGCAUCUGAUUGUGCAACAGAAAAUGAAUUAAUCAAACAUUUACA